GCCACGCUGUAUAUACAUGUAGAAUAUCAGUAUUCUCUUAUCGACAUUGCAAUUUUGCAUCUUUUGUGUCUUUCGUUCUGAGAAACUUCAUCUCAGUUGAACUCAGGGUUUGGUGACCGAAAAUGAGCCCCUCGUCAAUUGAUCGUCUGGGCCCAGCACACCAUGGCGAGAACCCGACUGGUCCUGGAAUUCAGCUUGCGCACAGUGAUGAAGAAAUCCCGGCUGUGCUCAUGGAUCCCAAAUCCGAGGGACUUUCAUUGUACGAGAAGAAGUCGCUUCUCAUAAAUAAAGAAUUCAAUGCAAUGGGAAUGGGCAAGUACCAGUGGUACAUAUGGUCUUUGUGCGGAUUGGGCUAUUUUCUCGAUUUGCUAUGGGCACAGGCAUUUGGACUUAUUGCUACCCCUCUACAGCAGGAGCUGGGAUUUAGCAGUAGCGAGCUGGGCAACAUUUUUACGGCUUUUAAUUCCGGAUUAUGUGCUGGAGCUUUUGUGUGGGGAACUCUGGUCGAUAUCAUUGGUCGUCGAUGGGCUUUCAAUGGAACAGUCCUCAUCUCAUGUAUUUUCGGGCUCUGUUUGGGUGCACCCAAUACAUAUAACGCAAUCCUGGUUCUGACGGCAUUCAAUGGCUUUGGAAUCGGGGGCAACAUACCCAUUGAUACAACAAUUUGUUUAGAAUUUCUUCCUCAGAACAAGCGUUUCCUCCUCGCCCUCCUAUCCAUUUUUCAGCCUCUCGGCGUGGUCGUUUGCAGCGGUAUCGCUUACGGCUUCAUCCCCAAAUACUCCUGCGCCGCCGACCUCCCAUCAUGUCGAUCGUCUUCCCUAGCACCAGGCGAAGCGUGUUGCAGAAAAGCCGACAAUUAUGGCUGGCGGUACCUCAUGUUCACACUGGGUGGAAUAGCGCUAGGCGUCUUCCUAUUGCGAUUUGUCCUCUUCACGUUUCAAGAAUCUCCAAAGUACCUAAUCGGACGAGGACGAGACGAGGAUGCAAUGAAGGUGCUGCAUAACGUAGCCAAAGUGAAUGGAUAUGAAUGUCGCUUAAGUAUGGAUGAUUUCAGAGCAUUGGAAGCCAGUCACGGUGCCAGAUCGCCCAGCUCGCCUAAUGGAUCUGGUGAUGCGAUGUUGAAAGAUGGGGUCCCAGGACAGACUGCAGUCACAGCGAAGCCCCCAUUCCUACAGCAAAUUAAGAACGAGUUUGCGAGGAUCAAGAUACUUUUCUCGACUUCUGCACUCACUCGCUUGACGAUUCUGGUUUGGAUUAUCUAUGUAUUCGACUACUGGGCGUUCUCUGUUGCUGGUACGACAACGCUCCUUCUCAUGACCUUAGUCCCCCUUUCGUGACUGACUUACUGUGACAGGAUCCUUCCUCCCCACAAUUCUCCUUCGCAAGAACUCAAAGAUCAACGUAUCCGUGUCUGAAACUUACCGCGACUAUGUCAUCAUUUACCUCCCAGGUAUCGUCGGCGUUGCUCUCGGCUCCCUCAUGGUCUACGUCCCCCGCAUUGGCCGAAAAUGGGCCAUGGUCUUCUCAGCCGCCAUGAUGGGUAUAAGUCUCUUCCUCUUCUCGACAGUCAAUACACAAGCUUCAAACAUCGGAUUUAAUCUUAUGGAAUAUUUCUUCCAAAGUAUGUUUAACGCUGUGUUGUACGGGUGGACGCCUGAAGCAUUCCCGGCGCCGGUGAGGGGUACAGCGAGUGGAGUAGCAAGUUUUUGGGGACGGUUGUUCAGUAUUGUGAGUCCGUUGAUUGCGGCGCAUUUGUUGGAGACGAGUUUGAAUGGCCCGUUGUAUCUUGCAGGAAGUGGGGCGUUUGUUUGUGUGGUUGCGAUUUUGUUUUUGCCGAGUUCGACGCUGGGAGGUCAGUCGACUUGAGUGGGCAUGCUUGAAAGACAUAGUUACGAUGUCUUGGGGGAACAAUCGUCCAUGACUGAAUGAAAAAG